UUAUUUAUUCUUUAACUUGUUUUACAUCCCUCGCACUUCUUUUCAUUUCCAGACUUUACUUCUGACUUAGGCAUGUUAAUUCAUGGUUGAUAUUCGUAUGCCUCUCUUUUACUUUUAGGUUGGAGAGCUAUCGAUUAGAGUCACGCAGGAUGAGCUCGCAAGAGCGAAGCCAGCGGUCUAGGGUUCCUCGUCAGGAAUGGAUUCGUCGAGGAUCUACCGAUCAGAGUCAGAGUCAGAUUCAGAAUCAGAAUCAAAAUGGUGCCGCCACUGCCGCCGCCACCGCUGCUGGUUCAUCCAAUACAACAAAUCGCCAUAGGAGGAGCGGUCCUAUUCCUAGUCCCAAUCCCAAUUCCAAUCCCAAUCCCAAUCCUAAUCCCAAUCCCAAUCCCAAUCCGAAGAAUAAUGUGCAGAAGAGAUUCAAUUCGAGGGACUCUAAUUUGCCCCAGCUGUUGCAAGAGAUUCAGGAGAAGCUCGUGAAAGGUGCGGUCGAAUGCAUGAUUUGCUGUGACAUGGUGCGGAGGUCUGCGCCAAUUUGGUCUUGCUCCAGUUGCUUCUCCAUCUUUCACCUUAAUUGUAUAAAGAAGUGGGCGCGUGCACCCACUUCUGUGGAUGUGUCUGUGGACAAGAAUCAGCGGUUUAAUUGGCGGUGCCCUGGUUGUCAAUCUGUGCAGCUCACAUCGUCCAAGGAGAUUCGGUAUGUUUGCUUCUGUGUGAAGAGGCCUGACCCCCCUUCCGACUUGUAUCUCUUGCCACAUUCCUGUGGAGAACCAUGUGCCAAACCCCUUGAAAGGGAGCUUGGGGGGGAUAAGGAGGUUCUUUGUCCUCAUGUUUGUGUCUUGCAAUGCCAUCCCGGUCCUUGCCCUCCUUGCAAAGCAUUUGCACCUCCACGUUUGUGUCCUUGUGGGAAGAAAAAUGUUACCACCCGUUGUUCUGACCGCCAGUCUGUUCUUACCUGUGGCCAGCGCUGUGAAAAGCUUCUUGAAUGUGGGCGGCAUCGGUGUGAACAAAUCUGUCAUCUGGGACCUUGUGAUCCUUGUAAGAUUCCUGUCAAUGCCUCUUGCUUUUGCAGUAAAAGGACGGAGCUCAUUCUUUGUGGGGAAAUGGCUCUGAAAGGUGAAAUCAAAACCGAAGGUGGAGUUUUCUCUUGCGGUUCAACCUGUGGAAAGAAACUUGGUUGCGGUAAUCAUAUUUGUAUCGAGACGUGUCAUCCCGGCAGCUGUGGGGAGUGUGGAUUGUUACCAUCCCAUAUUAAGACAUGCUGUUGUGGGAAAACUAGAUUGAAGCAGGAACGACAGAGUUGUUUAGACCCUAUACCUACCUGUUCACAAGUAUGUGGGAAGACCCUUCCUUGCGGGAUUCAUCAUUGUGAAGAGGCAUGCCACGCUGGGGAUUGUUCUCCUUGUUUGGUUCUAGUCUCCCAGAAGUGUCGAUGUGGCUCUACUUCCCGAACUGUGGAGUGCUGUAAGACAAAAGUGGACGCUGUGAAAUUUACUUGUGAAAAGCCUUGUGGGCAGAAAAGGAAUUGUGGAAGGCAUAGAUGCAGUGAACGGUGUUGUCCACUUUCUAAUCCAAAUAAUGUUCAAAUUGCGGAUUGGGAUCCACACUUCUGUUCAUUACCAUGUGGAAAGAAGCUAAGGUGUGGGCAGCAUGCAUGUGAAUCCCUAUGCCACAGUGGUCAUUGUCCACCUUGUCUUGAAACUAUAUUUACUGAUUUGACAUGUGCUUGUGGCAAGACUUCAAUCCCUCCUCCAUUGCCUUGUGGCACACCUCCUCCCUCGUGUCAGCUUCCAUGUUCUGUUCCUCAGCCUUGUUCACAUCCAGCGUCUCACAGCUGCCAUUUUGGGGAUUGCCCUCCUUGUUCAGUGCCUGUAGCAAAAGAUUGUAUUGGUGGGCAUGUAAUUCUUCGGAACAUACCCUGUGGUUCAAAGGAUAUUAGAUGCAAUAAACUAUGUGGGAAGACCAGACAGUGCGGUUUACAUGCAUGUGGUAGAACAUGUCACCUCCCACCUUGUGAUAAUCCAUCUACAGUGCCGGGUACCCGUGCCUCUUGUGGGCAAACAUGUGGUGCUCCAAGAAGGGACUGCCGCCAUACAUGUACAGCUCCUUGUCACCCUUCAACUCCAUGUCCAGACACGAGAUGCGAAUUCCCUGUCACAAUUACAUGUUCUUGUGGCCGAAUGACAGCGAAUGUUCCUUGUGAUGCUGGUGGAAGCUCUGCUAAUUAUAAUGCCGAUGCUGUACACGAAGCUUCCAUUAUCCAAAAGUUGCCUGUGUUGCUUCAACCUGUUGCUGCAAAUGGCAAGAAAGUUCCUCUUGGACAAAGAAAACUGAUGUGUAAUGAUGACUGUGCUAAGUUAGAACGUAAACGGGUACUUGCAGAUGCCUUUGAGAUAACUGCUCCAAAUCUGGAUUCUCUCCAUUUUGGUGACAAUCCUGGUACUUCUGAAUUGCUUUCUGACAUGUUGAGACGUGAUCCUAAAUGGGUUUUAUCUGUUGAGGAGAGAUGCAAGGUUUUGGUUCUUGGCAAGAACAGGGGAAAUACACAAGGUCAAAAAAUCCAUAUUUUCUCUCCUAUGAUAAAGGACAAAAGAGAUGCAGUGAGGGUCAUUGCUGAAAGAUGGAAGCUUGCGGUGUAUGUAGCUGGUCGUGAGCCAAAGCGUUUUGUAGUUGUUCAUGUUACCCCAAANCAAAAUUUAUUCAAAACAAUUGCCUUUUCUUUAACAUAUGUUUUUGUUAUACCAAUAUAA